CCCUCACAGCAGCUGCCGGCGCCAAUGUUCUUACCUGCACCCCUCCGGCGCCUGGGGCUUCGUCGGGCCCAAAGUCUGAGACAGAUUAGAGGCGAUGGCCAUAACCCAGAAGUCGUUUACAUCGAGCUGUGGAUGUUACCCGCGUUGUUUGGCGGGGAAGGCGAACUGCUGGCGGCCUUCCACGAGUGGUUCGGGGUAUUACUCGUGAUCAGUGCAGUCCCAGGAUGCGGAGUCUUGAUCUUCAUCAUUGGACGGCCCUUUUACCAGUAUCUUACGAUGCUCCUCAUUGUGGCCAUGUCUUUCCAGCUUCUGAUCCGCCGAAAUCGAGGGCCUGUUUGGAAAAGUCGCUUGCACUUGCUUCACAAUCUUGACAACAUGGAGCUCAGGCCGUGGGCCGUACCUGAGGACGUUCACGGUUCUUUUGAAGUGUACAUUGAAGAGGACCAGGAGGAGCUCAUCUUUGGCACCCGGGACGAAGACCUCCACCGCAUCGAGGUGCACAGCCAGACCUUCAUUCAGCUGGAAAGCGGCUUCCCCGCCGGCCAGACGCGUGUCCUCAUCGUUGGACAGCUUAAGUCGUGGCUGUGGCUGUUGUGCAUGAUCCUGAGCAUCACGAGCGAGGACCCCCAUAAUCAGGCCCGAGGCUUCGAGAUGCUGCAGCUGGUCCAGAGCCGGCCCCUGACCCCGGACGACCUGGCCGACCCCUACCUGCUGUUACUGGACCUGCUGGCAGAGGCUUCUUAAACUUGGCCCUUACCGACUGUCUGUCUGGUUGUAGAUGCCUUUAGAUUUCUCUUCGUCGGUAAUAAAGGACUUUGCUCCUUUCACUAACCCCUGG